AAAACUUUGAGUAAUGGCUAGAAAUCUAAACAUCAUAAUGUUGGGUUUAUUUGUGUUAAUUCUUGUACAAAGCAAAGCUCAGAUUGGUGUAACUGCAAUUGAGGCUCCAACUCCAGCUCCAGCAUCUUCACCGGCACCGGCUCCUACUCCAACUCCAGUUCCGGCCCCAGCUCCAGCUCCGAGAUCAGAUUCAACCCCAGCUCCUUCUGUAAAUCCAGCGACUCCCGAUGUUCCUGUAACUCCAGCAACUCCAUAUACUCCACCAGCUCCAACAACUCCAGAAACUCCACCAGCUCCGGAAACUCCAGAAACGCCAGCAACUCCAUCACCUCCGGUGACUCCAGCAACUCCUGCAAAUCCUACUCCGGCGACUCCUGAUCCAGCUCAUGGCACCACAGAAGGCAGUCUUAAACCAGAAGAAUGUGCUCCUCGAUGUGAAGAUAGAUGCGCAAAAACACAUCACCAAAAGCCAUGUUUGUACUAUUGUAACUAUUGUUGUGCCAAGUGCCUGUGUGUGCCUCCAGGAACUUAUGGAAACAAAGAAGUAUGUCCAUGCUAUAAUGACUGGAAGAAUAGAGAUGGAGGACCCAAAUGUCCUUGAGCAUUGGUUCUACCAAAUUGCUUUCUCAUCAUGUACUAUACCAUGAAAUAUGUUACAUGUUUCAUUUAAUUAGGUUUAGGUUUGUUCUUCAA